AUGGAGCUCAUCUGCGAGCACCACCAGUAUCCGACGCCCAGCGCUGCCCUGUUGACGGCGCCUGGUAAGCCGUUGUUGCCAGUCUCUUCACCAGUCACCAGUCCGCAUGCUCAUCUCGUUUCGCCGACCCUCGUCGCCGACUAUAUCAGAGGACCCGGUCUCGGAUUGUCUCAUGCAGCCUCAAACUUUCCGGUCCAGUCGGCCGGGCUGACCUAUUGUCCCGGCGGCUACACUAGCACCAACGCCAGCCUCACCGGUACCAACAGCUCCAGUCAAACGGGCUACACCUUCCUGCCGUCCGUCUAUCCAACCGGAUACCUCGACGAAAGCCAGCUGGUCCCCCAACCUCAGCCUCCGCAACACCACCACCCGCAUCUCCAUCAACAACAACAUCAUCAACCUCCCCAUCCGCACCAUCAACAUCCAACUUUCCAGUCGCACGAGUCCCAGCCUCUAGUACAUCAGCAGCAUCAACACCAUCAGCCGCAUCAGCAGCAGCAUCAGCAGCAGUCCUACCAGCUGACAGGCUGGCCUGGACUGUCACGAGGCUUUGGAAGUCCGAGUAAACAGCAAUCGCCAAAUGCCCGGUUAGACCUGCUGCAGCUGGGGCAAUCGGGCGAGUAUGCCGCCCACUCAGCGUCUCCGUCCACUACAUCCUCUUCAUCAGUCGCCUUUCCAGGCAACCCAGUCAGUCAGGUCAUGCGACCCAUUGGUACACCCACACCUCUCACUGCCUCAAGCGGUCAUUCCGCAUCGUUAUGGUGUCCCAAGUUCACCACUCCCCCGACCGGGCUUCUUCUCGCCUCAGGCAGCCCCCCGACAACACCUUGUCUCCCCAGCUCAGUUGCCAUGACGGCUGCUCUGAUGCUGCAUCAUGGCACCGGAUUGCCUCAAUGGGACGUCAACGAUCCUAAACUGCCACUUGUGAGUAGUUCUAUUCGAAUUUGUCCAUAUUCUGAUCCGGUUACGUUGGUGAUUUGGCCAAAAUUAUACAUCAUACAGUCACACUUUAUGCCCGUAGCCGGCUGGUUGUUCAUUUCACAGUCCACCCAGCAGAGCCUAAAAUGUUACAAUUUUUAUACAUAUUUGUUGACAAAUCACUGCUAUACUACUAAUAACCUAAAUACUACCAUUAAUGCUACCAACAUAAAUUAG